GAAACCCUACCAUUUAAUAAAUUAAGUACGUACCCAUUAAAAGAUCUCAGAACAGAUUUUCAAGAAACCUAACAUAUCUUCCCACCUUUCCUUCUAAUUAUACUUCAUUUUUUUUUUUAUAUUGAAAGUUCAGAUCAGAAAUUUAAAUGGAGAGUACUAGUUCUUUCUCAUUCUUGCAGCAAGAAGACGAGCUCAGAAUCCUCAAUUUUCCGGAACUCGCAACAAUAUGGGACGAUGUCGGGUUCGAUCAAAUUCCGCCACCGAAAUGUAUCGACUUGGGAGAUAACAAAAACGGAAAAAUACCGAAGAAAUUAGAGAAAAAUAUUAUUGAAGAUCAGUUGAAGAAAAAAAGAUUGCACAGAGAAGUUGAAAGACAAAGGAGACAAGAAAUCUCUACCCUUUAUGCUUCUCUUCGUUCAGUCCUCCCUCCUCAACAUAUCAAGGGGAAGCGGUCGACAACAGAUCAAAUCGACGAGGCUGCAAAGUAUAUAAGGUAUGUGCAGAAUAAUAUUAAGGAACUGGGAAUCAAGAUAGAGAAUCUUAAGAGAUGGAGUACUAAAAAUGAAUCCGAAAAAGGAAACCCUAGCAAGAUUUUGCCUGUUGUUAAUGUUAAUGUUACAGUUCAGACAUGUUCAGCUGGAGUUGAAGUGUUGAUCAGUACUAGUGGUGAUAUUCUUGCCCUUUCAAGAAUCACGCAGCUGCUGCAUCAACAAGGGCUUACAGUCGUCUCGUGUAGUUUCACGAAGUUCGAUGGAAGGUUACUCUACACGAUCCAAUCCGAGGUCCUUGAUUAUAACAUUGCUGGUGUGGAUAUUCAGAAUCUGCAAAGAAAGUUGCAAGAUAAAAUCCGAGCGUUUUAUUGAACUGUGGAUCGGAAGGAAUUUAUAAUAUCGAUCAGCAUUAGUACUCUUGAUCGAAAUCAAUCAGAUUGAUUUCGUACUUGUAAUUUACGUACGUAUAACUUUUCGGGGUUUUAUCAUCAUAAUGAGUGCAGAUA